ACUAGGGUGGAACAGUUUAAAGCUCACAGACACUACGAACAAUUAGCACGGUCAGUGGAAUUAAAACGCGCGAAUAAUGAUAUCUCGAAAGUGUGUCCUAGCAGUGGCGGCAGUACUGGCAGUAAAAAAAAAGAAGAAAAAUCGUACAAAGUGGUGCAAGAAUUGGCUUUUAAAAAGGAAGACCUUUUCUCAUAUCAAUCUAUUAAACGAGUUAUUAUUAGAACCUGGAGAUUGGCAUAACUAUUUGCGUAUGGACGAGGCAACCUAUUUGGAACUGUUGCAACUUGUAACGCCUUUAAUAGCCAAACAAAAUACACAUUUAAGGGAAGCAAUAAGUCCUCACGAAAGGCUUACAGCUACUUUGCGAUUUAUCGCUACUGGUAGAAGUUAUGAAGAUCUAAAGUUCUCAGUUAUAAUUUCGCCUCAAUCACUGGGACAAAUUAUUCCGGAGACUUGUGCAGCAAUAUAUUCAGUACUAAAAAAGGACUAUUUCAGGUUUCCGUCAAAUGAAAGAGAAUGGACAUCAAUAGCAAGGCAAUUUGAGACUAGAUGGAAUUUUCCGAACUGCUUAGGAGCUGUCGAUGGAAAGCAUGUGCAGAUCACGGCACCACAAGACAGCGGAUCGUAUUUUUAUAAUUAUAAGGGUUUCCAUAGCCUGGUGCUGUUAGCAAUUGCUAAUGCGAAUUACGAGUUUAUUUUUGUUGAUUUUGGCACCAAUGGAAGACUUUCUGACGGCGGAGUUAUUGAGAACACAGUUUUUUAUCAAAAGCUAAUUGAAAACACCUUGAAAAUUCCACCGCCUUCGAGCCCCACAAAUUCUGAAAUGAAACUACCUUUUGUGUUUGUUGCAGAUGAAGCCUUUACCUUGAGACCAGAUUUUAUGAAACCCUAUGCUCAACGAGAAUUAACGCCACAUCGCAGAGUGUUUAAUUAUAGAUUAUCCAGGUCUCGAAGAAUAAUCGAAAAUGUCUUCGGUAUUAUGGCUGCACGUUUUCAAACUUUUCACAAAGCAAUUAAUGUUAAAUUGGAAAACAUAGAGAAGAUUGUAAUGGCAUGUUGUAUUUUACACAACUUUUUAAGACGGAAAAUAGGCGAUCAUUAUACGCCAGCAAGUAGCCUAGAUGUAGAUGAUAUUGAGAAUGGUACAACCCAGUUAGGCCUAAGACCAGGGCCAAAUACCUUAACAGACCUUCAAAAAAGUUUUUCGCGUCAUGCAUCGGAAAAUGCAAAAGAUGUACGAGAGUCUUUCAUGCGUUACUUUAAUAAUGAAGUAAGAGAAUAGAAUGGAAUACAAUGGCAAAAUAAAUUUAUUUAGAUUUAAAAAUAAUGUUUACUAAACACUUAAGUAAUUUAAAAAAAU